AUGGUCAUCCCGCAUUCUCUUCGGCCGGCUGUUUUGACGCUGUUGCACGAAGGACACCAAGGCAUCAACAGGACGAAAGCUCUCGCUCGAAAGUCCAUUUGGUGGCCAGGCAUUUCGGCAGACAUUACCUCUCUGGUAACUAACUGCGAGCAAUGUGCUUCCACUCGGGUGAACCUUGCAGAACCCCUGGUCUCCACGGUCCUACCUGGACGUCUCUGGGAACUUGUCGGCGUGGACCUGUUCCACCUCCGCAGCCAGACAUUCAUCUUGGUGGUGGACCACCACUCCAGGUACCCUGAAGUUGUAACCUUGCGGAGCACAACGGCUCAGGCAGUCGUCGAUGUUUUCAAAAGCAUCUUUGCCCGGCAUGGGAUUCCGCGAGAAGUCAGAUCAGACAUUGGUCCACCGUUCUCUUCACGCGAGUUUGCAGUAUUGGCGGCAUCUUACGGCUUUGACCACGUCACCAGCAGCCCGCACUAUGCGCAAUCGAACGUAGAGGCGGAGAGAAUGGUCAGGACAAUCAAGGAGUUGUUUCGCAAAGCAAUAGACCCUCAUCUGGCCUUGCUCAGUUACCGGGACACCCCCGGAGUCGAUGGCUUCAGCCCGGCCCAGCUCUUGAUGGGACGACAACUCUGA